AUGUCCUCCUCCUCCUCCUCCUCCACAACCCCCUCCUCCCUCGCCCACCUCCUCCCCCCCAGCUGGCAAAGCCAAGUAACCUCGUGGCUCGCCGAAGACACGCCCUCCUUCGACUACGCAGGCUUCGUCGUCGGCGACAACCCGCGCACCGCCACCCUCUGGGCCAAAUCCCCCGGCAUCAUCGCCGGCCGCCCCUUCUUCGACCAAGUCUUCCACCAAUGCGGCUGCGCCGUCGAAUGGCACGCCGACGAAUGCUCGCCCAUAGAUCUACACCGCGACAACAACGACGACAAGAACAAGAUGAAGGUCGCGACCGUCACGGGCCCCGCAAGAGGCAUCCUCCUCGGCGAAAGAGUCGCGCUCAACGCCCUCGCGCGAUGCUCCGGCGUCGCCACGCAGAGCCACAACCUCGUCACCAAGCUGCGCAAGGCAGGCUACAGGGGCGUCUUGGCCGGCACGCGCAAGACGACGCCCGGCUUCAGGCUCGUCGAAAAGUACGGCAUGCUGGCUGGCGGCGCCGACGCCCACAGGAUGGACCUGAGCGCCAUGGUCAUGCUCAAGGAUAACCACGUCUGGAGCAGGGGCAGCAUCACCGAGGCCGUCGCCGCCGCCAAGAGCGUCGCCGGCUUCAGCGUCAAGAUCGAGGUCGAGGUCCAGUCCGAGGCAGAGGCCGACGAGGCCAUUGCCGCCGGCGCCGACGUCGUCAUGCUGGAUAACUUCACGGGGGAUGGCGUCAAGGUUGCCGCGAGGAGCUUGAAGGAGCGCUGGGCCGGCAAGAAGCACUUCUUGUUGGAGGUUUCUGGGGGCUUGAGGGAGGAUAAUGUUGAGUCGUAUGUGUGCAAUGAUGUCGACAUCAUCUCGACGAGCUCGAUCCAUCAGGGCGUUCCGCACGUCGACUUUUCCCUCAAGAUCAACCACUGA